AUGUCGACAGUGCGUCCUUGCGUGGGGGUCUACGACCUGUCUGGCCGUCGCUGCGGGACCCUCCCCCUCCCCGGAGUGUUUGCUGCAGCAAUCCGCCCGGACCUCGUAGCAGCAGCGUGGCGCAGCAGCAGCAGCAGCAGCAGACAGCCCUACGCCGUCAGCAGCAGCGCGGGACGCAGCAGCAGCGCAGCAAGCUGGGGGACUGGCAGAGCCGUCAGCAGAGUCCCCAGAGUCAAAGGCGGCGGCUCCCACCGCUGCGGCCAGGGGGCUUAUGGGAAUAUGUGUAGGGGGGGGGGGCUGUUUGGCCCGACGAGGGUUUGGCGGCGGUGGUGCAGCAGCAGCAGCAGCAGCAGCAGCAGGCGGCACGCGGUUGCUGCUGCGCUUGCUGCUGCUGCAGUGCCGGCGCUGGUUGCUGCUCGGGGGCAUAAGGUGGAGGAGGUCAAGGAGCUGCCGCUGGUGGUGGAGCAGCGGGCGCAGCAGCUCAGGAAGACACGGGAAGGUUUGCUGCUGCUGCAGCAGCUGGGACUGCAGCAGGAGCUGCAGCGCGUGCGCUGCAGCAGCAAACUGCGCGCCGGCCGCGGCAAAAGCCGCAGCCGCAGGUUCCGCAGCAAAAGGGGACCUUUGUUGGUUUAUGAAGGAGACAAAAGUGUCUCCAGGGCUUUUAGAAACAUCCCCGGAGUUGACUGCUGCAGCGUGGAGCGUUUGAGUGUGUUGCUGCUGGCGCCUGGUGGGGUUGUGGGGCGGCUGUGUGUCUUCACUGCUGCUGCGCUGCAGCAGCUGCAGCAGCUCUUCGGAGACCCCGCCAGUCUUGCUGCUGCAGCACGGAAGCAGCAGUACCAUUUGCUGCGGCCUUUGCUGCAGAACUGCGACGUGGCCCGCGUGGUCAACAGCGACGAAGUCCAGGCCGUGCUGCGCCCGCAGCAGCAGCAGCAGCAGCAGCAGCAGCAGCAGCAGCGAAGGCGGCAGCACAAGAACCUGCUCACCAACGCAGCCGUGCUGCGCCGCGUCAACCCCGCUGCAGCAAACCUCAAGAGAAACGCCAAGCUGCAGCAGCAAACCGGCAGCAAGCAGCAGCAGCUGCUGCAGCACAAGAAGCAGCAAGUCCGCCUCCACAGAAGGGCCCACCGCAGAGCAGCAAAAGCCUUCAUGCAGCAAAUCCGAGCUGCCUUCUCAGACACUGCCCAGGCCAACAUUGCUGCUGCCAAGCAGCAGCAGCAGCAGCUCCAGGCCUGA